GAUAAUUUUGUGAGAAAUCCCAGUGAUGUCCUAAUAACGCGGAUAAAAAUUGCCACGUAACGGCAAAAAAAAAAAAGAAAAAAAAAAACGAAAAAGAAAUGGUUUCAGAAUAUAUUGGUAAAAAGUGAAAGUGAGCCUUGAUUAUACGAACCUAACCUCAAAAAAUAAUCAAAUAAUUUUGACAGCAGUGUUUGGAAGGCUUACGAUUGUUUUCCUUUCAUUGUUUAUCAGUGAUCUGUUUUCUUUAUCAGCAGAAACUUGUCAUUUUAUCAUUAAAAAAGCCAAUUAGAAUUUCUUUUUCUUAAUGCUAAAUGAUAUUUGGGAGUUUUGAUUAUAAGAUUCCACUCCCCCUUUCACGUAUAUCAAAUUUCAUAGAAAGUGUUAUAAAGAAAGUAUCGGACAUAUGUGAAGGAAAAAGAUUUUAGUGAAGUUUCUUGUUUUUUCUAUAGUGAAAAAGUGAAUUUCUUAUGUUGCUGGAUGUAAGCCCUGAUAAUUUGGAGCAUUGUUAUAAUUUUAAGAAUUUGUCGCUUUGCCAGAUUUCUUGCUAUUGUUAUUUCACAAUAUAAGCCCAUUUUGUUUGGCAAAAAUUUUUAUUAUCAUUUUAGAGUGAUGAAAAAAUUUCAUCAUACGACACUCUCUCUUCACGGAUUGACAGUUUCAAACUCGUCGUUUUGAAUGAAACUGUUUCCUUCGUUUCGAAGCUAUUCGCCAAAACAUAGCUUCUGCCUACGGCAGAUGCAGUCUCUGCUGCCGUCCAAAUUAGUUCAAGGAGUUCAGGGAAUCAUGGAAUUUUGCAACGAGGUCGGAGUGCACAUGAGGCAAGAAAUUGAUCCGCCAAAAAAAUCAUGGACCGAAUUAGGCGGAGUCGUCAGCGAUUUGCGUCGACGAUUUUCUGGAAUGCUUUCUGGUUCAAUUCCAGGAUCAGUUUCAUUUCGUUCUUUACCCGAUGGAAGGACGAGAAUUUAUUUUCUUAGCUCGUCGAGCAGUGGUUACGAGACGACACUAUUAUACGUGGACAUUGGUCACUCGGAUCACGCGAACGGUUACAAAUUACAUUGGCAACCAGUAAUCGAAGCAAAUUUUCAAAUAAAAACUCUUUUUAGUGUUGCCAACUCGAAUCGACUAUCGAAAGAAGAACAAUUACUUUGGGAGAGAAAAAGACUGGUCACCUUUGGCAUAACGAGUUAUGAAUUACAUGCGGAUAGUGGAAAAUUGGUCUUUCCGGCUGCGAGCAAUCUUUAUCAAUGUGUCGACACUGGAUUUGUGGCCGGUCCUUUGUUUCCAUCAGAAAUUCGAAUGUCAACAUCAGGCGCUAAAUUGUGUCCGCAAAUUUGUCCCUGGAACAGUGCCUUGGUUGCUCAUACGUGCGCCGGUGAUUUGCAUUUGUCCCAUUGUAUCACAGGAUCUUCCGUUCGUUUGACUCAUGCACGAAAAGGUAGUCGAAGUCUUGCCGAUGAUCCUCUUACGGCAGCGACUCCAUCAUAUGUUAUGCAAGAGGAAUUCUUAAGAUAUACGGGUUUUUGGUGGCAGCCAAAAUCUGAUGAUGGAAUUUAUCGAAUUGUUUACGAGGAGGUUGAUGAAAGUGAUGUGAAAAUAUUUCGUCAACCAUCAAUGACAACAAGUUCUGAGGAAAUGGAUGAAUUUCGAUUUCCACGAGCGGGAUCAAAUAAUGCGAGGAGCAAUUUAAAAAUGGUGCAAUUUAAAUUAACGGACACAUUACAAAUUGUGGAUAUUAAAAAUCUUGAAUUACAAUUUCCCCUUCACAUUAUGUUUCCAUGGAUGGAAUAUAUGGUUCGAGCUGGUUGGACGCCUGAUGGACGACACAUUUGGGUGCAAUUAUUAGAUAGAAAACAACAAAGACUUGAAUUAGUUUUGUUAUCUUUGGAUAAUUUUUGCGAACCGCCGCCAAAUGUUUAUAAUUGUGAAAAUCAUGUGACACCAUCGUCGUCAAGUGUUCAAGUCAUUUAUUCGGAGCAUAAUCCUUGUUGGAUUAAUGUUAAUGAUUUACUUUAUUUUUUGCCGUCUGACGAUUCAACGGAAAUUAAAUUCAUUUGGGGAAGUGAAGAGACAAAUUUCAGACAUAUGUAUCUUGUCACGUCCAGUAUAGCUGGCUCGAGUAAUGGAAUAGAAGAGCCGCUCGAUAAAAUGGAUAGUGUUUUUUCUGAACCGCGAAUAAUUUCAAAAAUUGCUUUAACACAAGGUGAUUGGCAGGUGUUAUCGAGAAAUUUGUGGGUUGAUGAGAAAAAUUCGAUUAUUUAUUUUCUUGGUUUACGCGAAGGACCUUUAGAGCAACAUAUUUAUGCAGUUUCACUUAAUCGACCAUUGGAAGUACGAUUGCUCACUCGGCCAGGUUACAGUUACACCAGUGUGUCAUUUAAUAAAGAUUGCUCGAUACUCGUCACUGUUUAUAGUUCUAUUAAAACAUUACCUGCGUCUCAGGUAUUUCGAGUAUCACUUUCCGAUUGGACGGUUGAUAGUAUUGCAUUAACGCCAGUUGGCUAUAUUUUGGAACCAUCAACCGUUGAAUUUUUAGAUCUUCUUGUACCAGAGAUUUUCACGCACAAAAUUUCAUCUGGGGAUACAAUUUACGCGAUGAUUUUUAAACCCCAUAAUUAUCAACCCGGUAUGAAAUAUCCAACUGUGAUGAAUGUUUACGCAGGACCGGAAAUACAACUUGUUUCAAAUACUUUCAAGGGAAUGAAGCAUUUACGAAUGCACAUGCUUGCUGCGCAAGGAUAUUGCGUUGUCAUGGUGGAUUCACGUGGCUCGCAAAAUCGUGGAUUUGCAUUUGAAAGUUAUUUGCGACGUAAAAUGGGAACAGUGGAAUUAAAAGAUCAAGUUGAAGUACUGAAAUGGUUGGCGGAGUCAACUGAUUACAUUGAUAUGAAUCGCGUUGCCAUUCAUGGAUGGUCUUACGGCGGUUAUAUGAGUCUCAUGGGCUUAAUUCAAUAUCCUGAUGUUUUUAAAUUGGCAAUUGCCGGAGCUCCAGUGACAUCAUGGCAUUUGUACGACACAGGAUACACGGAACGAUAUAUGGAUCUUCCGCAGGACAAUCAAGAGGGUUACGCAAACGGUUCUGUGAUAUCGCAUGUAAACAAAUUUCCCGAUGAAGAAAAUCGAUUGCUCAUUAUUCAUGGAAUGAUGGAUGAGAACGUGCAUUUUUAUCACACGAGUCAAUUAAUAAAUGCCCUUAUUAAAGCCGGCAAACCGUAUCAGUUACAAAUUUAUCCCGACGAAAGGCACAGUUUACGAAAUUUAGACGCCAAUAAACAUUACGAGACAACAUUUUUAUCAUUUCUACAAAAUCAUUUGUAAAUGCUUUCUUUCUUUUUUUUCUCAUUGUUCAUCGUUCAUACGAAUCUAAUUUAGCUUCUAACUAAGCUAUAAAAAAAAAAGUGCGAGUGACUGCCGUUAAUUGUUAAAUGUAAAUAGAAGUAAAAAAAACUAUUAUAUACUUUUUAAUGCGUUUUCGCGACAUCAUUUUUACAUACAUACACAUUAUGAAAAAAAACAUCCUUUAUUGACUGGAGCCACGGCGAUUUAAACUACAGUAUUAAAGAUCGUUUUUUUAUUUGUUGAUAAAUUGUAUUAAAAAAGCAAAUCAAAUACUUGAUAGACUAAAAAGUAAUGUUUAGUGUAUAAAAUGAAAUACAAGAAGGGUGCCAGAAUGAUAAUCUCGCUAAAAUUUCCGCGCGUUUAACGUGACUUAAUUUUUUCGUUCUCUUUUUUACGAAUAGAAAAAAAAAUAGAAAAGAAAAAAAAAACUCUUGUUCACCGUAAUCUUCAAGAAACUUUGUACGUUAAUUAGACUCCAUAGGAGAUUUCAGAGUAACUAUGUCUUUUUAUCUUAUUUAAAAAAAAAAGAAAAGAAAAACAAUCGACAAUACUCUCAAUUAUUUGUAAAAUAUUAUAAUUAUUCUUACAAUUAUCAUUUAGACCUCAUGAAUAAGAAUUAAUACGAUUAAAUAAAUACCGAAUGGUACUUACUUCGCGUUCAUCGAAAAAAAAAAAAAUCACUCAUUCAGUGUAAUUUAAUUUUUCUUUACGAAUUUGAUAUUAUGUGUACAUAGUUGUACAAGUGACAAAUUGAAUUUGUCUUAUAAAUCACGAAUUAUUGUGAAAAAAUUUAUUUAAAAUGCAAAACUGUUCGCGAAAAUGUAAUUUGUGAGAUACUAACGUAUAUAGGUAUAUUAUAUAUAUAUCAGAUUUGAUUUAUCAAUAAAUAAAUUUACUAUUUUAAUAA